CCGCGGGUCCCGGCUCGGAGCCUGGCAGCGAGGAGGGCUCUGGUUUUGCGUGGCACUGCUGGGCAGGGCAGCUCUCGCCCCGCGCCGCUGGCUCACAAAUCACAGCCCUGCCUGGGUCAGGUAGAUAAGGAACCAUGUGAUGCAGCUGGUGGGGAGCGGGUGGUAGGCAGGGUAAAGGUGCACAGGGAAAUAACCUUGCAGGGAGUUCCUCCCUCCCUUCUCGGGCAGCGCUGAUCCCCGCGGCUCCCACGGCACCUUGGCCUGGAUGCCUCCUCGGGUUCUGGGGGCUCUCUGAAACUCCCGGGAAGCAGGAAUGUCCUUUAGCAGAAGGAACUGGUCCGAUCUCUCCAGCCUGGCCAGGCAGAGGACCCUGGAGGAUGAGGAAGAGCAGCAAAGAGAGCGCCGGCGAAGGCACCGGAACCUGCUGUCCUCCACAUCCACGGAUGAGGAACCUGCCAGCCCUGUCAAAGACACCAGCCCGGCUUCCAGCAGACCUCCAUCCCUGGUGAAGCCGCAGUCUCCGGAGGAUGGGGAGGAGAGAAAGCUCCCGGAGGUGCUGAAGACACAAGAAGGGAGAAGGACAAGGUGCCUCCCGCCCACGUCCGAAAAGCUGAGGCAGGAGAAGGAGCAGAAGGAGCCAGGGGGGGCAGAAAACUGCCUGGAGGCAGGGCCACAGCCCCGUGGGAGGCAGGAGAGCAGCCGGGCUGCAGAGCGGGGUCAGGAGGCGGCCAAGGGCAGAGGGGACCCGCCAGGGGACAAGAACCUGGAGCCAGCCUCCGAGAGGAAGGUGGUGGUGAGGGCACAGCUCCAGGACAAAGACCAAGGAGUGUGGACUCCUCAGGGGGAGCAGAGGAAGGAGGCGAAGGAGCCGCCAGAGGUGGGGAGCUGCCGGCUCCGGGAGGUGAAGAUCCUCACCAGGGUGGGAAACCGCAGCACAGAGGAGAAAACCUCGGCAGUGAGCUCAUCUCCGGAGCAGCAGCAGCCAUCCAGGAACCCCUCAAAGCAGGUAAUCCAGCUGUCCCUGCCCCGAGAUGAACCUGCAGAAAAGCCAGACCCUUCUCCAACUCACGUCACCUUCAGCAGCUCCAUCCGACGGACCAGCCCAAGAACCGUCUCCUUUCGGAUCAUCUCCAGGAAGCAGAAAGAAGAGAGCCAAAGCCCUCUCACCAGGAGUGCGAGUCUGAGGAUCCCAGGCAGCAACAGCACCAUUGGGGAGAAGCUGGAAAAGUACAACUCGGCUGUGCAGCGCUCGGAGGGGGUGAAAUCCUCCGUGCCAGUCCAGAAGAGUCGCCUGCUCUCCUCGGAGGGGGUGGCGAGCAAACGCAACUUCUUCGAGGGAAGCGCUCCCAGCAAGGUGGAGCCCGCGGCUCCCAGGAAGGACAACCUGAAGAUCCCGGGAUCGGUGACAUCCCGCAUUAAUCUGUGGAUCAGCCGAGCUCAGGAGCCUGUCAAGGAGGAAAACAGCAAGGAAAUCCGGAGAAUCAACAGCGUGGCAAAGCGAGAUGUCUGGAUAAAGCAGCCUGGAGACACCUCUGGAGACACCAAGUUGCAAUAAUACCAGCUGUGCUGUCAGACCAUGUGGGAAAAACUGGUUUGCUCCGAAGAUCAAAGCCAGCCCUACCCAACCGUCCAGCAGCCACUGCCACGAGUCCCCUGUGCCACACGUGACCUGGGUGCAGCCCAGGUCAUGGGGUCCUCUGCUUGUGGGAUGGGAAGGAAGAAGCCUGGAAGAGUCUCCCUGUGCCCCCAAUCCCCACUCACUGCCUGUCUGGGGGUGUCCAGGCCUGCAGGCUCCCUGCAGAUGCUGAAGGCAAACUCCUGCCUUGUUUGCCCACCACAUUUUGCUGUUCUGUUCCUGUUUGCUGUCCUCUGCCUGUGCUCCGGAACUGCCCUGGCAAAGGGGAUCCCCCACACGGCUCCCUGGCAGCUGGAAGAUGUCAGUGGGGCAAGAACCUGCCUGGCCAAGGGAGUUCCAGCUGCACAUCCAUGGACCACGUCCGUCCCUGCUGCCUGGGGCAGGUGGGGCAGGCGGGUGUCACCCCCCUGCCAGGCUGUCACUGCCAGAGUGACCUGACCAAAGGCCAAUGUUUGUGAAGUCACACAAGUGCUCGGAGAUGUCUCAUGGGAGAAGGCGGGACUUGGCCCUGGUGUUCCCUCCACACGCAGCUGAACCAGAGACUUGUCCUUGUCCCUGCCAUCCCCUGCCCCUACAAGCAGUGACCCUUCACUCAGUCAUCCAGGGAGGGUGGGCUGGCCAUGGCCAUGGCCCUGUUCUGGGGCUUUCAUGGAGCUGAGUGCCCAGUGCUGGGCCCCAUUUCCCUCUUGCCUUUCCUCCUGAGCCCUUUGCUGUGCAGCCCCUGAUCCUGCAUUCCCGGGGCUGCUGAGCCCACCCAGCAGGGAUGGGGGAUGCUCUCUUGAGGCCUUCAGGGUGGCUCUAGUGUGCCAUGGGCAAAGGGCUCAAGUCCUCCUAUUGGGGCCAUUCUUUGGUUUGGGUUGUGCCUUGACCAACCACUGCAGUGACAAAUCUGGUGUGGGAAUCUGCUGCUGCCCCUGGAGCUGAUCCUUCUUCUUGGGCUUGGGAAAGGACUUGGGUUUCUCUGUGCUUUUUUUUCUAGUAAAAGUUGCUCUUUCUAAGACA